UCGAGAUGUCCCAUUAUCCAUUCGAUCGUAGUUUGCCGGCGUCCAAGGAGGGCGGCGAGAAGAAGGGGAAGAAGAAGUCCAAGAAGAGCGUGGAGACGUACAAGAUCUACAUCUUCAAGGUGCUGAAGCCGGUGCACCCGGACAUCGGCAUCUCCUCCAAGGCCAUGUCCAUCAUGAACUCCUUCAUCAACGACAUCUUCGAGAAGCUGGCCGGCGAGUCGGCCAAGCUUGCGAGGUACAACAAGAAGCCCACCAUCACGUCCCGGGAGAUCCAGACCUCCGUCCGCCUCGUCCUCCCCGGCGAGCUCGCCAAGCACGCCGUCUCCGAGGGCACCAAGGCUGUCACCAAGUUCACCUCCUCCUAGGCUAGGAUGGUUUUCUGUAAUAGUCAGCUGUUCAGACCAUGUCUUCCUGUAACUUGUGUUGGUUCUGUGGGAACACCCUGUUUCAUUACCUCAUGAAAUAUUAAUGGUGUUUCUUUGGUCA